GUACGUAUAUAUGUAAACUGAGUUAAAAAGUAAUUGUGACAUUGUUAUUGUGUGAAGAUUUUAUUGACUCAAUUUUGCAAUAUUGGGAUCAUUUUGCCACAGUCGUUCUCAUCAUGUUAUCUGAAGCUCUUCUCUUGGACGUACAUAUUGUUCAGAAACAAUUACGACAUUGUUUAAAUGUGUCAGCGUAACUAUUGUACCCCUCUCGCUCUCUGUUCGUCUUUUACAUCUUUAUACUUCUUUCCCCAGUAAUGGUGCACAUCUGCAGGCUGCUUUUGGUGAUGGGGAUGUUGCUGUGUCUUAGUGCCCAGUUUGCAAGCUCACAGCACUGGUCUCACGGCUGGUACCCUGGAGGAAAGAGAGAGAUAGACACUUAUGAUACCUCAGAGGUUUCGGAGGAAAUUAAACUCUGCGAGGCAGGAAAAUGCAGCUACCUGAGACCCCAGGGGAGAAAUAUUCUGAAGACAAUACUGUUGGAUGCGCUCAUUAGGGAUUUUCAGAAGAGAAAGUGACGUCAUGAUGUCUUCUCAGCCCGUGUCCAAAGAAACGUUUGUUCCAGCCAUCAUGUUACUUUCCCAUCCAAAAGGGGUUAUUUGUCAUUUCUGUGAAUUUUUCUAUGUUCUGUAUUUGGUUAAACUCUCAUAACCAUUGUGAGUAAAGCUACUGUCUGUUUAUUCAUUUGCAGCAGUUUCUACAAUAAAGGCUUUUAUUUUAGUAUUUUGUUUUACUGUAAUUGCUCUGUGUCUUAUAUUACAGUUUAAGGUCUGUUAAACAUUUUUGCAUUCUUUAACAGAUAAAGAGAUUUUAAACUACCGUGAGAUUUUGUUGGUUUGUUUAUGUGUUGUGUUUUUAUACCAAUAAAUUAUUUUCAGAGAAUGGUAGUAGACAAGGGUUAACUAAAAAUGUAAUGUAGUUACAAAAGACAUUUCGUCAAUUUCGUUUGAUUACGCAAUAUUGUGUUUGGCCGCCAGAUGGCAGGAUUGGACAUCCUUAACCAAAAAAACCGGAACGCUCAAAUUACAGUUUUUCCACAAGUGCUUGCACGUAGUUUCUGAAACUAUGGCUCAUUUUCUCUCAGCUCUACACAAAAAACCCCGAAAUACACACACACAACAUGCAAAACGUUACACAUAUCUUGCAAAAGCAAACAUAUUUUAACUCAAAAUUGUGUUUUUGCAUCAAAACUGAAAACUCUACAUAAACCAUCAAAUGAUUAGCUCGUGUAGAGAGAGCGGGGAACAAGCCAACACGUUUUGGUUGUGUAAAUGUACUUCAGGUUUUAUGUAUUUUUCUUUUUUUUUCACAUUAAUUUCACACGCGUGUCUAUUACACAUAUGUGGUGUUGUUUUGUAUACGCACGUUGUAGCCUAUACAGCUACCUCGAAAUAAAGAAAGUGAAAUGUUACAUACAACGUGCCCCAUAGGCGUUGCUGCAUGUCGGUGCAGCUAUCAUUAUGAGGACUCUCCAUUAUCAUUUUUAUACUGUACAAACUAUAUAUUCUAACCCUUACCCUAAACUUAACCCUCACAAAAAAUCGUUUUGAAUUAUGGGGACACUAGAAAUGUCCUCAUAAACCACAUUUAUAGCAUAAAUAUAGCAAACGUAAUCGUUUACUACCCAGUUUGUAAGCUAAUAAAUUCCACACACACAUCUAUCUAUACAAAACACACUAUCACGUACAAGGAAACAUUCACUGACUCACGUGAUUGUACAUUCUAAGAUGUUUCGAAUUAGCAUGAAAAAUAAGAAAACAAAAGUGGGAUAAAGUGAGACAUUUUUUACAUUUGCUCCCCUCUAAGCGAGCUAAAAUGAUAUAUCAGUAAAAUGUACACAUUUCCCAUUAAUUCAGUAUGUUUCCU